AAUGUCAUCCAUUCUUAAUAAAUUUAGAAAGCAACCAUAAAAUGAUGUACCCCCAGGAAUUAAAAUAGAGAAUACUUUAUUUGGAUAAUAACAAGGAACUUAUCAGCCUCCCGUAAUUCCUUCUGUUUAAUUACCUCAAACUACCUAACCUAGAUAAAAAGGAAGACCAGGAGGAGGUUCUAAAAAUCUAUAAUUUUUUAGGCUGGGAUGAUGAGCCUGAGCCACAAUAGUAAUAAUAAUAAACAUUGUCAAACAAGCCAACUAAUACGAUCAAUCUAAUUAAUGACACACCACCAAAAUAAAAUGAAAAUAAAGCAAAUAUUGAUAUACUACUACCACCCUAAUCCUUAAAUAACAUUUAAUUAAGUAGAGUGACUGAUUAUAAAAAAGGAUAAUUAUUAACUUAUGAAGAAUUAGAGAUUGGGGGAUUGUAUUAAAAAUCUAUAUAAUUUUUAGUGAAUUUGAAUUUCAUAUUGUAGAAGAAGUAAUUAAAUUAGGUGGUAUUAAAUUGAAAUAAAGUGAUUCAGUUCUUAAAGAAUUUGCAAGAGCUUGUUAAACUUUAUAGGAAUAAUUGAUUGGAAGUAUACUUUUGAAUAAGCUAUAUGGUGAAGAAAAUUGGAAAGUUUAAAUAGUAAAUAAAUUAAAUCUAUUUUUUAGAGAUGCAUAUAUGCAAUUCAAUUUAUUAGUUAAUAAUAUUAAAACUAUAGAGAAUUCUUUUAAAUUAAUUAGAAUUACUUAAAGAUUGAUACGGAUUAAUAAAUAUUAUAAUCAGCUAUUGACUAAACAUUAUUAGAAAUUAAUGGAUAACAGAUAUAAAAGUAAAAGGUAAUAAUAAAAAUGAUUUUUAAGGAGAUAUAACUUGAAUUUCGUGAACCACCUAAGCCAUAAUAAAAUAUAGUAUAACAAUAAACUAAUCUUUUUGAAAUAGGAAAUAAUGAAGGAUAGCAGAAAUAAUAACAACAAUAAAAACUUGAUUUAAAAUCUCUAAAAAUAAAAUAACCUGAAGUGAAACAAUAGACUUAAAAAUAAUAGAAUACUUAAAUAGAUUUACUUGAAGCAUUUAAUUAAAUAACUCUGUCUAAUUAUGAUUAAAACUAAUAAUAAUAAUAAUAAUAAUAAUAAUAAUAAUAAUAAUAAUAAUAAUAAUAAUAAUAAUAAUAAUAAUAAUAAUAAUAAUAAUAAUAAUAAUAAUAAUAAUAAUAAUAAUAAUAAUAAGGAAUUAGCUUUGAUGAAAUAUUAAAUACUUAACCAUUAGCUUAAACAGUUUAAUAACCAUAAUAAAAAAAGAAUGCUUUUGGCUUUCUCAAAAAAGAUUAACAAUAAUAACCUUAAUAAUAACAACCGCAAUAAUAAAAAUAAGAAUAAGUAUAAUUAAACUCAUUAUUAUUACAAACACCUCAAUAAUUAUAUCAACAACCAGCAUUAAAUUAAUAAUAGACUUCAAAUAUUAUUUAUGGAUAACCAUCAAAUUUAUAUAACUUAUAAUAAUAAGCUUAGUUUGGAUAGCCUAAUUAUUCAUAAGCAUUUGCUCAAUUUAACAUUUAAUAAUAACAAUACAAUUUGGUUUAGUAAACCCAAUUUACUUAAGAAUAACCAUAGUAAAUAUAACAGCCAACCCAUAAAGAAAAUGCUUUUGAUUUCCUAAAUUUCUGA